GGCGCAGGGUCACAUUUAUGCCUUAUGGGACAAAAGGGAUCCGGAUGCAGCCCUUUUACUCAUCUAACAGUGACUCCGACUCCAACCCUGCACUUUACCUGUCCCAAAACAGCCUUGAACAGCACUGAACAGCAUCCCUCAAGGACCCUGGAAGCACCUGCAAAACUCCACCCACCCAGGUGGCCUGAAGUAUGCUAUGAUUUUGGCUUGGAGCUAAUUCAGAUGGGGUCCUCUCCCUCACCAUAUCGCAUCGUCCCUAAGCUUUUCCGCUUGCUAUUUCUAUCUUACACAAACUUCCCCAUUGAACUAAUUGAAGAACGCCAACGGGGUGCGUUAAUUUACUAAGGAGCAUCUAUGAAGGGAUGAGGAACUGGGUGUGGCAUCAGCUCCUCCUGUUGGUAGUACUAAUAUUUUCGCAAGUGGCAUUAAAAGAGCUUAGAAGGUGCGAAUCCCCCCUUAUUCCCAUCAUUCCCUUCUACCACUGCUGGUCAGUCAAACCCCGACUUCACUUUUGUUGUUCUUUCUACCCAAGCACCAACGAUCUCUCUAUCAUUCCCAAUUUCUUUCUUCCCUUUUCCGCAGCCUUUUUGGUUGUUGCCUUUCGAGUUUUUCUACAAUUUCCGUUCCAACUCGCGAUGUGUUUCGCCCUCUGGGCUUAUGUCGCCUUUUUUUCCCUUCUUUCUGUUGUAUAUGCUGCACCUCGAUUCAACGCCCGUGCGGGUUCCGAUGAAGGCUCUCCCUCAGAGCCUCCCAAUAAAAAGAUCAAAUUAGAACCUGGUACCCAGGCGGUAAAGCAAGAAUCGCCCGCCGUAAAAGCAGAAUCGCCCGCCGUAAAAGCAGAAUCGCCCGCCGUAAAAGCAGAAUCGCCCGCCGUAAAAGCAGAAUCGCCCGCCGUAAAAGCAGAAUCGCCCGCCGUAAAAGCAGAAUCGCCCGCCGUAAAAGCAGAAUCGUUCUCGCCUCCUCCCAUGAACCCGCGUGAAGUUGUGCACAUUUCGUUCAUCGACAAGGGGAAACUCAAAGGACAACAUUGGUUCCCGUUUGAACAACGCGAUAAAGAUCUUCUCGAAGCUCUGAUUAGAAGAGCAGCCAGGGAAACAUGGAGUUGGACAGAGGGCCGAAUUCAAAACAUGGCAUUUGAAUAUCCAGAUCAGACUCAUCAUUAUACCGGGAUCAUGAAAAGAUACUUUUUCAAAGGUCCAUUCAAGCAAUGCGGCGAACGCGACGAUGAAGAAUGCAUAGCUGAAAUUGUAGAUUUCUAUGAUAAGCAGGACCCUCCCCGUGGAGAGGGAUCUAUUUAUCUACGUAAAAGAGGGGUUCGAGGCUUCAUAGGUGACAAAGGAGACAAAAUCUUUCAAACUCCCUAUGACUGAUACUAAGUUCUUUUGCGUUGCUUGACGUGAACAGACGCAUUUUGUGAUGAAGUCCUUUUUCAUCGCUGUCGUUGAAUGCACUUGAUCAAGUACAGGAUGUCCCAGGGGUUUCGUUAGGAUGGGUCUACGCAAUUAUGAUCUUAUAUAACGUUGUGUAC